CCUCCUUUCUCCGUUUUUUUUCUUUUUUUUUUCUUUUGGAGGCGAUCUCUGGAGCCGGCACGCGAAUUUCCUUCGCCGGGAUCUGCUUUUCUGAGAGUGACCGUUGAGCAUUUAUAUCGAAGUUCAGCCUCUUCCCAACCUUUCACCUCUUUGCUUUUGGAAAGCGCGCCCCUUGGCCGCCUCUUCCCUGUCUGGAAGUGGCCUGACCCCCGCCGCUGACUUGGCCACCUUGUGCGCUGCGCGCUGCGAUUGUAUUGUUCGCCGCCUCCCCCCUGAAAGGGCUUGCUUGUUGCCAGCGUGGGAGAAAAAGGAAGGCAUCCGUAGGGAGGGAUGCCCAGCGGAAGGAGGGGUUGAGCGAUCACCUCCCCGCCACCAGCAAGAGCUCUUGAAAAGAGAGUACCGAGCGGCACGCGGAGACCGGCGGGACGCUGCUCCUCUUCUUCUUCUUUUUUCUUCCCUCCCUCAGCGGCGUCUGCAGGUUCCUUUCAGACGAGGAAGGAUUGGGGCAGGCGGCAAGGAUGCGUUUCUUCCCGGAGGGAUUUUGGCUACUGUGGGUCGCCGCGACCUGUUCGGCCAGGACUGAAGGUGGCAACAAAGCGAGGAGCUGCUCUGAGCUCCGGCAACUCUAUGGAGCGAAAGGAUUCAGCCCGAAUGUGGUUCCCCAGGCGGAGAUCUCCGGAGAACAUUUGAGAAUUUGCCCACAAGGUUAUACUUGCUGUACUAGUGAAAUGGAGGAGAACUUUGCCAACAAGAGCAGGAGUGAAUUUGAAGGCAUGUUGAAGGAGGCAACACGAUCGGUACAAAUAAUCUUCACAGCCCAGUACAAGAACUUUGAUGGUUACUUCCAGGAUUUGUUAAACAAGUCAGAGAAGGCACUUUAUGACACAUUUCCUGGUAUGUAUGGAGACCUUUAUCUCCAGAAUGUACACCUUUUCAAAGACUUGUAUAGUGAGCUGCGGCAUUAUUAUCGAGGUCCUAACAUUAACUUAGAAGAAGCCCUCAAUGAAUUUUGGACUCACCUGCUAGAGCGGCUCUUCAAGUUGAUGAAUCCCCAGUACCAGCUUCCGGAUGAAUAUAUGGACUGCAUAGUAAAGCACUCGGAGCAACAUAAGCCAUUUGGAGAGAUUCCAAGGGACCUGAAGCUCAAGGCAACAAGGGCCUUCAUUGCAGUCCGUUCCUUUGUGCAGGGACUUGGUGUGGGCAACGAUGUUGUCAGAAAGGUCUCUCAGGUCCCUCUGAGCCAGUAUUGCAAUCGCGCUAUUAUGAAGUUGAUAUAUUGUGCACACUGCCGGGGCAUGUCAAACAUUAAGCCAUGUAAUAGCUAUUGCCGUAAUAUCUUGAAGGGCUGCCUGGGCAAUCAUGCUGACCUGGACACUGAAUGGAAGAACAUGAUUGAUUCAUUACUGUUGGUGGCUGAUCGUUUUGAUGGACCAUCUAAUGUAGAUGUUGUAAUUGGUACAAUUCAUGUUAGGAUUGCUGAAGCCAUUUCAAACAUGCAAGAAAACAAAGAGUCUAUAACAGCCAAGAUUUUCCAAGGUUGUGGAAAUCCCAAACUCAGUACAAAAGCUGCCAAUGUGGAAGAUAAGAAGAGGCGGGGGAAAUAUGUCACUGAAGAUAAACCUUCUGGGCUUAGUUCAGAGAAAUUUGUUUCAGAUGCCAAAGGGAAGCUGAGGGAAGUAAGAGACUUCUGGGCUCUUCUCCCAACAACACUUUGCAAUGAAAAAAUAUCAUCUGGUUCUGUAAAUGAGGAUAGGUGCUGGAAUGGAAUGACCAAAGGCAGAUACCUUCCAGAUGUGAUGGGAGAUGGUCUAGCCAAUCAGAUCAAUAACCCAGAGGUUGAGGUCGACAUCACCAAACCGGACAUGACUAUUCGCCAGCAAAUCAUGCAGUUGAAGAUUAUGACAAAUCGAUUGCGCAAUGCAUACAAUGGAAAUGAUGUGGAUUUCCAGGAUACAAGUGAUGACAACAGUGGUUCUGGAAGUGGUGAUACCUGCCUGGAUGAAGUCUGUGGCAAAAGACUGUCCAAAAAUUCUAGCACCCGGCCACCAGAAAUACAUCCCAUGCCUAAACAGUCAGGACAAGGCAUUGGUGGAAAUAACAGCAAUGUACUUUUGCCAUCAUACUACCUUUUAUUACUUUCUUGCGCUGCUAUAGCAGCCCAGUAUCUGUGGCGGUAACUUGUUUGAGCAACUGCAAAAGAAACUGUAGUGGCUAAGUCUUAACUUUGCCAAAAUGGUGGACAUAUUUAAUUCAGCUUGAUUCAACUUGGCAAAAAUGAGAGAGACAAAAGUUCUUGAUGGUUUGUGAUAAUCUGGCAGUGCUACAGUUGGUUAUUUUUCCUUUUCUUCCUUCCUUCCUUCCUUUCUUUCAAAUAUUGGGCCUUUCCUUCUGUCCUUCAUUUUAAAAAGCCUUUAAUUUGCCAAAAAAGAGAUACCUAGGGUCUAUGACAGAUCUGACAGGUAGGUUUAAUGACCAGAAGAAAUAACCCCAACCCCCAAGGCAACACCAUUUGCAUUGACUGGAAUAAAAGAUAUGCAGUAUCUCAUAUUUUUAUUUAACUGUGGCAUCAUAUUUGGUUCAGAACAAUAUAUCUUUUUAAUUUAUACAUUUUCAGACUGCUCUAAAAAAGUUUCAGCUCAUAAUUUUCCAUUCACCAAAGGGAAAAGAGUCUUUCCUUUGCAGAGAUGUAAUAGUAUUAUUUUGUACGAUCACAAUUAACAUCUCAAUUAACAAAUGAAUUCUUUAUCCCAGAGUUUGGAAUGAAGGUCCUUAAUUUUUUUUAAAUUCUGCUAAAAGUAAUCAUUGCUACCAGCUAAUAUUAUUCCCACAUCCAUGGGAAUAGCAGUAAAAGAUGUGUGUAUUGCAGGAUCCUUUGGAAAUAGCUUUCAAAUAAAAAUAAUAAUAAUAAUACGGAACAGUAUACACAACACUGUGGUAAAGAAAGACAUGAGAGGAUGUCAUUCCCAAAAGCCUACUUUGAGUUACAGGAAGAAAAACUUCCUAUUUAAUAAGAUGACAAGCAUCAAUAUUUACCAAGGGAAUAAUGCAAAAAAAAAGUGAUUUUCAUGUGUGUGUAUCAUUACUUAUCCUGUAAAACUAGAAUUUGCAUGAAUUGGUGAACUUAGGGCCAAGUUAGAUACUGUCUAAAUAUAUAUCUAGAAAUUUGUUUAUCAAAAUCUCUACUAUCUGAAAUUUUCUUGGAAACCUGCUCAGAAUUAUGUUGGUGGAAAGAGUAAGCAGACCAAAACUAUCCAUAUUUUGGCUUAAUUAAUUUGGUGCCUAUCAGAGAGAAGUCCAAUCACAGAUUUACGUGUGUGUGUGUGUAUGUGUGUGUGUGUACAAUUCUCUGCCUUGGGUCCUGAGAUUUACUUCUAAGCAUUUUUUUUCUGUUUUCCAAAUUCUAUCUAACCAACCUUACCAUUUUGACUGAAUACUAGGAAGACCUUGAAAUGAAUUAACUUUGUUAAUUCACUUUAAUUCAUUUCAUAAAUUCUCUUUGAGAAUCAAGUGAUGUGAAAACAUAACUUUUAUUCAAAAUAUAUAGGCUUCUCAUAAAUGCUGAAAUAUUUCUGUCUUAAAGCAAAAAACAACAACCUGAAAGUUGUGUUUCUUAUGACAGCAGUCAGAGAUAGAAACUAUUAUCAAUUCUGAAACUUUCCUAGUUACAAAUAAGGAAACCAUUUCUAGCAUCUUAGCUAAAUUCAAUGGGAUGAGACAGAGGGUAGAGACAAAUACAUUCAGUUGAAGGAUUCUGGUUCUGCUUUGUUAAUUAUUGGGAAAAAUUAGUUCCCUAAUCAUCCCAUUCAGUACUGGAGGCUCACUGAGAAUUGAAAACUUGAUUAACAAACAGCAAUGCCAGAAGGAAUUCUUUGUAACAAAAUACAUCUAGUUUUGUACACAUUGUUUAAAUCCCUGUGAGUAAAACAGUACUCCCUUCCACUUUCAUUACUGAUUUAGUCUAUUUAAAACGUUUUUUAUUUUCAGUUACAUUAUUCUUUAACUGAAUGUGUUCGUAAAGAGAAUACAUAUGAGGCAUGGAAAUCAAAUAUCCUGCCUUCUUUGAACAUGCUUGAAUGCAAGAGAAAGUGGAAAGUGCCACAUUGAAUUAGUGUUGUAAAUGUAUGUCUGUAAAUACACAAAGAAAUAAACUGCUAUACAUCAUGCAGGGGAAAAAAUAUUUGCCAUUUCCUUCUCUGAAUGAAAAUCUGCCAACUUGCUGGAGAGCUGUAAACUCAAAACAGUUUGGAGCCUUUUCUAAGACUCAAACUACAUGUGAUGUUAACAGUGUAUUGUUUUUUAGAAACCUGAAACCUCCCUGAAUCAUUUCUUUAAAAAAAAAGGAAUAUUUAAAAAAAGAGGUGGAAAGUUGAAGGAUUAUUCAUGCUUUAAAAAUGAUUUAGAAGUCUUUGUGAUAUGUGGGAAUAUGAACACAGCACUUCUUUAAAGUAGCUGCAUCAUUUUGGGGGGCUUUCCUAUUAACUUGAUAAAGCACAACUGUUUUAAUUAGAGAUACACAUCAGCAUUGCUUUAACAGAAUAAUUCAUUAAAACAGCAAAAAGCAUGAAAAAAAGACACUGCCACUUUGAAGAAGUGGUGCACAUAUUCCCGCACAUUCUGAAGCAUCUCUUUAAAAUCAUUGCUGAAGCAUAAUGAGUCCUAGAAAAGAGCGAAGUGAGGUACAUCCUUCUUCACUAGCUGAAAGACCAAAUGAAAUGAAAUUAUGGCCAGCAACAAAAAGGAGUAUCCUGCCUUGCAUAUACUUUAUGCUCUUCAAUCUAGCAUCAAUUCUCUGCUUGAUAUAAAAUUGGACAGCCUGAUUUAAAUGAGUCUUCCACCAUUGCCCAUCAUUUGAGCCCCAGUCUUCUGUCAUAGAAUAACAAUUUUUUAAGGUUUAUUUUGUUAUGGCAGUACUACAUUUUGGUAUUAAAUGCAUUUACACCACAAGGUGUAAUCUGUUUCAAGUCCCUUGAAACAGAAAUGAGUCAUGGAUGUAUAACAUAUUUUUCAUGUGCCAUAAUGUCUGUUUCAGAAAGAGAAAGGGGUCAACAUAAGGUUUAAGAUCAUUGCUAUUUAUCC